CUGGCAGCAGGUCACAGUCGACAGCCUCAAAGUUCCUAGCUCUGUGGACCACUGGAGACGACACCAUUCCCUGCUACUCCCCUCUGAGCUCCAGACACCAUGAACCCUCCCGCCACAAAGGUCUCCUGGGUCGCCGUGACGCUCCUGCUGCUGCUACUGCUGCCGCCGGCGCUCCUGUCGCCCGGGGCAGCCGCACAGCCCCUUCCCGACUGCUGCCGCCAGAAGACGUGCUCCUGCCGCCUCUAUGAGCUGCUGCACGGCGCGGGCAACCACGCGGCCGGCAUCCUCACGCUGGGCAAGCGGCGGUCCGGAGCCCCAGGCUUACAGGGCCGGCUGCAGCGCCUCCUGCAGGCCAAUGGCAACCACGCUGCCGGCAUCCUGACCAUGGGCCGCCGCGCAGGCGCAGAGCCAGCACCGCGCCCCUGCCCCGGACGCCGUUGUCCCGCUGCGGCCGUCCCUUCUGUUGCCCCUGCGGGACGUUCCGGGGUCUGA